AUGUCGCCCGAUUUGAACUCUCUUCCACUCUCUCGAUCUUCCUCGUCUUCUUCGUCGCUGCCACAUCGCAACGUUCCACUUUCGCCCGGAACAGUCCCCGCACCCGUGAAUCCUAAUACCACCUCCCCGCGGCCAUCCCGUGGAUCCAGCAUGGGUCGAUUAUCAGUCUCCGAGCGACGCCGUUCAGCAGCCGGCAUGGCUCUCAAUUUGAACGAUGUGACCAAUAUGGGCUCGGGAAGUCUCACCGAGAAUCCCUGGUCCGACCAUCGCUCCUCCAUCGGGCAUGCAUUCCGCACGGCUAGUCCCACCAGUUACGGCGGCAGCCCCGUCUUUGCGACAGCAGACCCGCACCACCAACGGGCACCAUCUUUAGGAGAGCUGCAUCAGGAGUUAGAACAGGAGCAAGAGGCGCAAGUGAACCGUCUUUUGCAAAUGAUCCGCAGUCAGCAAGCUCAGCUGCAACAUCUUCAGCAGAAUCAACAACAGACCCCGCAGUCGGGCACAGCUGUCGUGGAUGAUAUCACCCCAUCGUCGGAACGGUCAGCCUCGUUCUUCCCUACCAUGCCCCCACCUGCACCAUCCAGCAACAGACUAUCCAUCUCAUCGCUGUCCAACCGGCCACCAAGCCUAACCAACUCCCCAAAUAUUCGACCACAAGAUACGUCUCGCGGCUCAGACGGCACAGAAGCAUUCCCCACUUUACGAGAGAACUCAUCGCGACGAGGCAGUCGAGACGAAAGCUCAUUCUACCAAGCCGAAGCAGCCAUGCUCAGCCGCGAGAAUCAAAUGCUCCGACAAAGAAUCCGAGAACUCGAACGACAGAUAGGACACCUGACGACUACGUCAGAUACUCCAGCUACCCAUUCAGCAGAGUCAGGGCAAGAGGGGGUGGAGACGGACCUGCAAGUCGUGGGAUCUUCCGAGGGGAAAGCAUCUACCUGA